CAGGCAGGUAAGUGUCAAUCACUCGCAGGUGCGCCCGCUCCCGGAACCUUGAAGAAAAGUUCCGGGAGAGAGGAGUCAGGGGGAAGUAUUUUAGAGAAGCACCAGGAAAUUAAUGCAUUUCGUGAAACACAUUUAGUGUAAAAGCUAACAACUCUACUAAAGCGCGUAUUAAUCUAAUGAGUUGCAGAAGCUAACUACUAUACUAAACAACAAGAAAGCUACCAACUCUUCACGUCUUAAAAGAAUGACUGAGACCACGGAAAAACAGCAGACCUACGAGGAGAUGUUUGCCGACAGAUUUUCCUCGGAGGACCAUGAAUACCAGAAAUAUGUGAACCGGCCAGCAGACGUCCCUCCCAUGGUGGAGGACUGGAGGGGUCGUGGAGGAGGUCGUGGAGGCAGAGACAACAGGUACCAGGACCGUCGUGGACAUGGAGGUCGUGGUUGGGGAGGAGACCGGGGUUGGAGAGGAGACCGGGGUUGGGAAAGAGACCGGGGUUGGAGAGGGGAGCAUCAUGGGCAGCAACAAUGGCAGGACAGAGACCGAGAACGAGACAGAGACCGAGACAGAGACAGGAACUGGGGACAUGGAAGUGGGCAUCAAUCAAGCUCCAACCAGGGAUACAACUCCCAUCAUCAGAAACCACAUUAUGACCGCUACUGAUCUCAGUUGCAGUCUCUCAGGUGUUGACAGUAUUUAUAGUAUCUUUAUAACUUGCAUCGCAAUACCACAUGUGGCAGUGUGCAACAGUUGAUUUUUUUAUACAUGACUCACAGCCACAGUCUUACAAUAUUCUGAGGGCUGAGUAAAAUAUCAGUAGUAGUAAUUUAGUAUGCGUCAUUGUAAUUCUGUUAAACAUUUUUAAUAUUGUGAUAGUUUCAUUCCAAAGCACAUACUCAUCCAGAUUUUUACCAGACUUUCAGUAUUUCACAAAGCUAUUUGACUUGUACAAUAGUCUGUUUAAAUGACCAUAUGAAAAACAACUGGUUAUUUUUCAAACAUUAACAGGUUUCAUGAUAAAUACUGCUAGCUGAAGAAAAUCUGUUAAUCUGGAGAGUUAAUUUGUCCCAUAUUGCUCAGUCCUGCCAUAGUAUUAAAUUGCCCUUUUUUUUUUUUUUCAAAUUCCUCCUAUUUAAUGAAAACCUCUGGCUUCAAAGUAAUUAGUAGUUUCACCAAUACUGAAACUCAUACUGAAAAUUUACAUUUUAACAUUUCAGACAAGUGGGCAGUUUUUAACAAUAUUUGAUUAUCACUCUGUAACUGAGAAACAUCACUGAGGAGUUUUGUGUUACAGUAGUUUUACCUCUAUGUAUUUACAUGCUGAGAUAUCAGACUGUUUAUAAAUUCUACAGUCCAGUGUUGUUUCAGGAGGUGGAUGAAUUACCAGAGAAAAUCUAUUUGUAAUGCAGCUUUAUUUUUCUGUGUCACAAUGAUAUGAGGAUACAAAUGUUGUCAAUAAAUGUGUAUUUUCC